AGCAGCAGCCCUUGGUAACUGCACAACACAACCCUUCCCUGCCCACAGGCCUGCCGGGCCGGCUCAGUGCAGACUGUGGGGACAGCAGAGAGAGCUUGGAGGCCAAAGGCUGCAGGCAGGUACAUGGCGUGCAAGACUUUGCCAUCCGGACGCCAGGAAGAGGAGACUACCAAAGACCUGGCUCUGAAAUCACCACCAGGGAAGUCCGGAGGUCACCUGCCCAGCAUUGAUGAGACCCGACCUAUAGGUCCAGGCCCAGCCUCCCGCCGCGGCUCCCUGCUGGGCCUACACCCAUCCUUUUCCCGCCGCAACUCACUGGCGGGACCUUUAGUGGGUCCUGGAGGUCGACGGCUAUCCCUGGGCCCAGUGCCCUCUCUAGGUUCACGAGUUAGCUUUUCUGGGCUGCCCCUGGUGCCUGCCCGUAGGAUGGCACCCUCAUACCGCAUAGAACCAGCGCCAGGGGAGCGCUGGGAAGCUGCAAGUGCCCAGCGUGUCCUGGAGGCAGCACUGAAUGCAGAACUGAACGACGUGUGCUACUCCGGUACUGAGGCGGGGAAACUGACGCAGGCGUUGUGCGAGCAGAUACGCAUGCGCGUUCGGGAGCUCAGCCUACCCCGCUACAAACUGGUGUGUAGCGUGGUGCUGGGGCCACGCGAGGGACAGGGUGUGCACGUGGUCAGCCGGGCACUCUGGGAUGAGGUGCACGAUGGAUUGGCCUCUGCCACUUUCACCAACACGUCACUGUUCGCUGUAGCUACAGUCCACGCCGUCUACUGGGAAUGAUAAGCCCUUCAUGUUCUG